CUCCCCCCACCCCCUCCCAUCAACCUUUCCACCCUCCCCCCCCUUUUAAUCCCCACCCCCCAACACACACACCUCACCCAGGCUUGGGAUAUAAUUGAAUAUCAUUGCAUUCUUGGGUGGCUAUUAGUGACUGGUGAAUUUUUUUCCCCUUUUGGCUGCAUCCGCAAUUGCAAAUAAAUAUAUACACAUAAUAAGAGGAGGAGGAAGAAGGUGCAUUGCUAUCUCUGUGUUGUUUCCCAGCCCCCCUCCUCUCUUUUGCCUCCAUUGCAAAAAAGAGAGGGGGGUGAGCGAGAACAGGCUGCUAUCCAUUGCAAGUGCUGUCAUCCUGUGACCGGAGGCUCCUGUCAGGAAACCUUCCACCCAUCAAUGCACUGCCAAUGGGAUGUAUCCUUCGUUGUGACCUCAUGGUUUAAGCGGGCAUAAAGAUGAGUAUAAGCAGUGAUGAGGUUAACUUCCUCGUAUAUAGAUACUUGCAAGAGUCUGGGUUUUCUCAUUCAGCAUUCACCUUUGGUAUCGAGAGCCAUAUCAGCCAGUCUAACAUCAACGGUGCACUGGUGCCCCCAGCUGCGUUGAUUUCCAUCAUCCAAAAAGGCUUGCAGUAUGUAGAGGCGGAAGUCAGUAUUAAUGAGGAUGGUACCUUGUUUGACGGUCGGCCGAUAGAGUCUCUGUCACUGAUAGACGCUGUAAUGCCGGAUGUGGUGCAGACAAGACAGCAGGCCUAUAGAGACAAGCUUGCGCAGCAACAGGCAGCAGCUGCAGCUGCAGCCGCUCCACCAAACCAGCAGGGGUCUACGAAAAAUGGCGAAAACACUGCAAAUGGGGAAGAAAAUGGAGCCCACACCAUAGCAAAUAAUCACACAGACAUGAUGGAAGUAGAUGGCGACGUUGAAAUCCCUCCUAAUAAAGCAGUGGUGCUGCGUGGCCAUGAAUCCGAAGUAUUCAUCUGCGCUUGGAACCCCGUUAGCGACCUUCUGGCCUCAGGAUCGGGAGAUUCAACGGCAAGAAUAUGGAACCUUAGCGAGAACAGUACCAGUGGAUCCACGCAAUUGGUCCUUCGGCACUGUAUACGUGAGGGGGGCCAAGAUGUUCCAAGCAACAAAGAUGUGACGUCCUUGGAUUGGAAUAGUGAAGGUACGCUUCUAGCAACGGGGUCAUAUGAUGGAUUCGCAAGGAUAUGGACUAAAGAUGGUAACCUCGCCAGCACGUUAGGACAACAUAAAGGACCUAUAUUUGCAUUAAAAUGGAACAAGAAAGGCAAUUUCAUUUUAAGCGCAGGUGUGGACAAGACCACAAUUAUCUGGGACGCGCACACCGGAGAAGCUAAGCAGCAGUUUCCUUUCCAUUCUGCACCAGCAUUAGAUGUAGACUGGCAGAGCAACAACACAUUUGCCUCCUGUAGCACAGAUAUGUGUAUUCAUGUCUGUAAGUUAGGCCAAGAUAAGCCCAUCAAAACCUUCCAGGGCCACACAAAUGAAGUAAACGCAAUCAAAUGGGAUCCCACUGGUAAUCUUCUGGCAUCUUGUUCUGACGACAUGACUUUGAAGAUCUGGAGUAUGAAACAAGAUAGUUGUGUCCACGAUCUACAAGCACACAACAAAGAAAUUUAUACUAUCAAGUGGAGUCCAACAGGUCCAGGAACAAACAACCCAAACGCCAAUCUUAUGUUAGCAAGUGCAUCCUUUGACUCUACGGUUAGGUUAUGGGAUGUAGAUAGAGGGAUCUGCAUCCACACUUUGACGAAACAUCAAGAACCUGUGUACAGUGUAGCUUUCAGCCCUGAUGGCAGGUACCUGGCCAGUGGGUCCUUCGACAAAUGUGUACACAUCUGGAAUACGCAGACGGGUGCUCUAGUCCAUAGUUAUCGGGGAACAGGAGGCAUUUUUGAGGUUUGCUGGAACGCAGCAGGAGACAAAGUUGGAGCAAGCGCUUCAGAUGGUUCAGUUUGUGUACUAGACCUCCGGAAAUAGCGCUACUAGUUGGAAGCCAUGGACCGACUAUGAAUGUGUACAUAGCCAAAAUGACUGUUCCCUUGACCCAUGUACUGCUAUAGUCCCAACUGAACCAUGGCCAGUCCACUACAGCCAAACUCGAAAGAAUUAUAUACAUAUACUGUAUAUUAAAAAAGCAAAUUUUUUUUAACAAAAAGAUUACACCCUGAAGAAGAUGACAGAGUUUUGUCACAGCUUGUGAAGCCUGUUCACCAAGUGCUGGAAUCUGCUGUGUUCCCCCCUUCCCCUCCCCCCAUAACAUGUAGGCAUUUUGGAAAUGGAAAAAAAAAACCAUCCAGGACAAGAGAGAGAGAGAAACAUGACUAUACAAGAACAGACCAUUCUGUGUACCAAAUUGGGGAAAGCGACAAAUGUCGGCCAUCUUGUUUUCUACUCCCCUAUUCCCCUCCACCCUUUCUAAUGCUUUGAAAGAUUGGAUUUGUUUCCUUUGCCUUUUUUUUUUCUCAGUAGGUGAUGAGCAGUUUAUCAUGUACAGGGAAAAAUGGACUUGCAUACUCCUGCAACCGUAGUUUGUUCAUUGCUUUUUAAACCUCUUUCUCUCCUCCCCUCUCCCUACCCCAUACAGUUUUUAUUAAUGCACAAAAGCAAAAGGCGUGAACUGGUUUCUCGGUGGUGGUUCUUUUGAUGCAGAAUUGAAGGAGGGGAAUAUUUUUUUUGCAGCAGCAGUUCUUUGAAUGCGUUAUUUUAAAAAUGCAGACAUCUGGAGCGCGUUGCGAAUGUCGACGCACGGCUUAGUUGGAGAGGGAGGGACAGAAAACGAGGACCCUUUGAAGCAUGACAUUUCAUCUUCCUUUAAACAGUAAGCUGUGUGCGUCGCAGCCUGCAGGGUGGGUGGAUUCUUUGUGAUGGCAACAGUUCCCCCAAAGCAGUCAUUUCUUACGCGAGGCACAGUUCUGUCAAAUGGAAACUUUAAAGGAGUCCCAAAAAUUGAAAAAUAGAUUUUAUGCAGACGUGGGAAGACUGGAUAGCACCAUGUCCCGUCCCCCCUAUGUCACACCCUCCCUUGAUGUUCAGGCAUUAAGAGUUUAUGUCUGCAUAAGGAGACUCGUCUGUAUGCUUGGACAUAUAGAAGGGUUGGUGUACCAGGGGGCACGAGAAACAUCAGUUCUCCACAGCACCUGUGCUCCAAACAUCAGAUGGCUAUAAUAUCAAAGGAUUUUAAUUUUCUGUUCCUUUGAAUCUCUAGAGCUUCAGCAGCGAUUCAAGCGUGUGCACUACUGCAAAAAGGAACACAGCAGUGGCGAAGGGGGGAAAUCGUUGGGUUCAUGUUUAAAUUUUCAUGCAUGAGCUUCCCUGCCGCUGCUCUUAGAUGUCUCGUGUGACCAAAUUCCAAACUGAAAGGAGUUCCCCCCCCUCUCUUUUCUCCGUACACGAAUAACUUUGGUUUGUUUUCGCUAAUACUUCCAUAAACAGGCAAGAAGUUUAGUCCCUAAAGAUCUAUUGGAAAUGAAUCUGGGCAGGUGGAAUGUAAUGUCUACUCAAUAAGGCUUUCAUUGGCAGAGUUUCCACUGAACGGUGCCUCUUAGUUUUCAAAUGGGGUGGGGGUGGGGUCUGCUUACAUCAAAGGACUUGCUUCAAGUUUAUUUUAAUACUGAGCGAUGAAGCUUCUGUAAAACAAAAAAAAUGUCUUGCACUAAUCUCACCCUGCUGCUCCCGUUGCCUAAUUUUUGUAUGUGCUUGUGACAUUUAUUUUUCCUCCCAAAUUUAGGGUAAACAUUCGCUGCUAUUUGUUUAUAGGGGAAAAAAACCAUGGUCACUACUAUAUCAUGUUUCUUUGUUUCUAAUAACAAGUAUUGCUCUUCCUUUCUUCACGGCCAGAGCCAUCACUGGCAAACAGUUGUUUGCUUCCACCAUUAUUUUAAAAGAGUACCAGUUAAAGGAUCCUUUUUGUAAACGAAAAGUGUGAAGGUGGACUUUGGCCAAUAUUCUUGUUGUAUCACGUUUCUUGCAGCUCUCGAUUUUUCUUAAAGGAAGGCUGUCUGGUUUUUAACAUUUCACCCAAAUGUUACUCAAAAGAGCGAUUUUUAUAUUCAGUAGCUUUGCAGAAGGUUUUAUAUCACCAUUGCAGUGCCAGUGAACUGGUUCACAGAUUCCGUUCUUCAGAUCUGGGUGUUUUCCUCUCUGUAGUCGGAUGCACGCAUCGCAAAAUACAUGGUACUGCCUUGGAAAAUAGCAGUCCUGUGUCAAGCUCCUCCUUCAACAACUUCUAAUUCAACAUUACCUAUUUCUGGAUGUCAUUACAACACACGUUUCCCUGUUUCAUGUCAUGGCUGUAAUGAUACCCUGUAAAUUGAACUAGACCAUGUAGAAGGGAGAAAAUGUGACGCAGGACUGCCACUUUCAGCAGCAGUCCCAUGUCCUUUCGUAAUGUGUAACCUCUAUCCUUUUUUAUAGCUCACUGUAGAUUGAGCUAACCCAGAGAACCCAGAUAAUCCUUUUCAACCAGGCUAACCUUUCAAUACAAAUUUCUAUUUCCACAUCCAUGAGGCAAGUCAAAUUCAGUCCAUAAAGCACGAUAACCAUUUUAGCCUAUUUUUAAUAUACACACCCCAGUUAUUAUUAGUGGGGUAUUAUACUCUUAUACAAACCAUUGUGAGGAAAACAAAAGGAAGAUUCAUAUCUUAUUAGGGCAGUCAUCUGUUACGGUUCUGUACCAGCUAUUUGUAGGUUUGAGAAUAGACUUAAGAUGUUCAGGACAAUUUCCCUGUGAAUUACAAUAUGUAAGUUCAGUUUCUGGCACUUGAAAAAUCUUGCUUUUUAUUGCUGGAGGUGCAGGAUUGUGACUGACCUCUGUCAUUGUUAAAAUUUUUAAGAAAAAAGUUUUUAAAAAUGUAAAAAUAAAAUCUGUGCAAUAAUUUUAAACUGUGCUCCCAGGAAUAGACGCAAAUGUGUGUUUUGGUGUUUUUUUUUUUUAAGUAUAUUUAAACAGCGUUUUCUUUCCUUUAGCAACACUUAUGUCAAUUGCACUGAAUUUAAAUCUUCAAAAGUCAGAGGCAAUUCUUGAUAGUACUUUUGUAUUUUGAUACGGACAGUCUGUUCAGUUUUCUUUUUUCAUACAUGCUAUUGAACAACUGUUUCAGAGGAAUCAAAAAAAGGAGAAAAAAAGAGAUGGUGUUGAAGUCUUUUGACACAGCUGCAGAUAUUCCACAGCAACGUUCACACUUCUGGUUUUGCAAUUUUUAGCCGCUUUUGUUUUGUGACUUUGUUUCUAGUCAUUUAAAUAGGAUACAGCAUGUUAGAAGAGGUUCAGGCUUCCUUGUCACCACAUCCUAGGCUUAUUCCCCCCUCUGCCCAUUCCUGUUGUUAUUACUUUAACGUGAUUUAGGAUCGUCACUUUUAUGGGCCAGAUCCUCAGCCUCUCUCUUAGGUGAGGUGGGACAGAUUCUGAACUCCAGAGUCGAAUAUGAAAUAGGAAGAGGCUUUUUUGCAUGAGGCACACAUCUAGACUGCGAACCUGCGCUGAGCUCUACGUGGUUAAUCUCAGCUGAAGUAAUUGGUCUUAGAAGAAGCAGAUGCCAUUGAGUGCAGGAAUGUGAUCUUGGGCUUCACCUCAAAGAAGCUGGUUUGCCAGAUAAGUUUGCAUAACAGCCCCUGCCUCAGCUUAGUAAUAUAAGCCAGUUUGGGAUAGGGGAACCAGUGCAGCUUUUGUGAUCUUUUUGAGGAGUGGGGGGCACAUGUGAAAAACUAGAGGGGGAAAAACCCCUUCCCCCUGCUUUCGGAAAAGUGGACAGUUUGGACUGCAGCCCUAUGGGAGUCCCUUUUGCCACUGUCCUUUAGCAAUGUGCCGCAGUGCUGCGCCAGUUCUCAUUAGACUUCCUCUCCUUGUUCAGUAGGUGAGGCAAACUACCAGGAUAACUCUGAAUAAAUUUCUCUGGUGCCAAGUUGCUGCAUGCAGAAGAGAAACGAGCUGGCAAUAUUUUCAGUCACCCCUGCGGUCCGCUCGCCACCAUUUCUGAACUGCACCAUUGUAAAGGAGACAUGUUCUUCCCAAUCUGGUGUUUUCCUCAAAUGUUUGAAAGGACUGGCGGGCAGGAGGGGAAGGCUUAGCUUUCCCUAAGCCCCUUGUUGUUCCUUACAGAUGCUUGCAUACAAUCGCAAGCCCUGGUUUCCCUGGUCAGAUGCUGAAAAUGGAAGUCAACCCAGCUGGGUAAAAACCAGCCAUGGAGACAUUUGCAGAGGAGGAUUGGAUGAGUUUCUGGAGGGCUUAAGGACCCUUUUCACCCACUCUGCGGACGCCGCCAGUUUUUGACAUCUUGGCAGAUACAAGUUCGGAGAUACACAUUUUAUGUUGUUCUGCAUCCUAAAGGUAAAAUCCAAGAGCAUAUUGAAAAGGCCACCAUGAAUGCAGUUGGGUUUGCAUGCCAUGGGCCUCUCAUUCCAAGAGUCAGAUUUUGGUAUUCUUUCUUGUGAAGCAUUUUCUACUACAUGUGAAUGGAUGGACAUUGUUUGCUUUCUGAGCUUGGGAGAUUCUUUUUUGCUUCCCCUUGACAAAUUCCACUUGAAUCCAGGAUUCCCUGGACUUGAAAAGUUAACCUUAGUGUAUUUGUGUGGAUUUUGAAGUAAACAUGUUUUAUUUUCAAUCCUGGCAAAUUGUAAUUAGCAUAGAAACUUUAGACCUGUUUUAAAAAUCCAGAAUGGAUUGACAUUUAAUGACUUCAUGCGAAAUGAGUGAUAACCACCUUUCCAAAUAAUUUAUUUUCUUCUGAUCUGCCCAUUUCCACCAUCUUGAAUUUCUCUGUUCUUGAAAGGAACCCUCUUUUUAAACAAAAACAAAUAGCAUAAGGAGCGAUUAAGUGGCUGUUUGCAAUGAUGAAGUCACACCAAUGAAAGGAAGGAAACACAUUACCCUGAUGGGAAGGAGUUCUAGAUGGUUUGUGUGUAGAAAGGAAGACGGAGAAAGACCGAGAGUAUUUCUGCCAAAUGAAUACGAUGAUUUCACAGGACAGCCUGAGUGGAGCUUGUUGGAAAACCAGGUUAGGAGUGUUCUGUGGCUUUCGGCCCUGCUGACACUGUGAUGCAGACGCAUAUCAGUGUGGCUGUGGCAUUUUUAUUUUUUAUGCCUGCAGGUGGCUCAUACUGCUAAUUAGUCAGAUCUCCCAUGGUUGUCAGUAAGGAUGUAACUGUGUUUAAAAUUGACUUGUGGCACCUGCUGUCCUAAACACGCUAGAAGAUUUGACAUUUACAGUGAUCGAAGUUUUCUCGGAGAUCAUUGUGCCUGUUCUUACAGCAUUCACGCGCAUCGGGCAGUUUGGGAAAACCAGUUGCAGCCGUUCGCAUCUGAAUAAAACCAAUUGAAACUCACUGACUGAUUUUUUUUUUUAAUUAACAUAGAUGCAACUGUGGAGACAGACCAAAGAAUUGUAUUCAUGUUAAAUUUUCUUUCCUAAGCGCUUUUCUGCGUGGCUUAGAUCCAGGCGGGAUAUUAUAGAAGACAUCAGUAUCUUUAAAUUUCCUCUAAGCUCUGGAGCACGAAUGGGUAAAAAUAGGGAUGAUUUUAUGUGUUUUUUGUUUUGUGGCUGACACAUGAGUGCGUUUAAACCCUUUCCUUCAUGGAGGAGGGGAGGGAUUACAUAGAAUUGCAAAAUGAGCUGCGUUUUUGUUAUUUCUUAAAUAAAGGGGUAGUCCUCAAAGCAUGGUCUUUCUCUGCUCAGAAAUCCUGCUGACAAUUAAUUUCAAAGGGAAAUAAACAUAGUGGCUGUUUGUCCUUCCCCAAGAUAUAAGAGAGAUCCUUAUAUUAUUAAUGCAGCACCAUAGUUGACCUUCAUUAGAAGCAAAUCAAUGAACCAUAGAAGCAAUUUCUCUAGCAUGUACUUUUUACAAAUUACUUAGGGAAUUUGUAGGAAAUGAGCUUGUACUUACCCAGAAAAGGGCAGCAUUGUGGCACAUGGGGACAGAGAUGUUAGGGUCAGAUGUUUUUUUUAAGGAGAUGCAUGUAUACAAUCCUUUCAAUGAUGCCCACAUUUCAUCCUAUGUGGGAUUGUAACUUGUUCCCCUAGUUUUCACUGCCACUAGCAGGAAAUGUAUGUGUGAUGCCAUCCGUGGGCUCAGUUGUACAGUAGGUCAGCAAAAGGAGCCCAUUUUAGAGGCUUUUGUUUGCUUUUCAGACUUUGUACUUGUGAGUUGCAUUGAAGCCACUGUGAUCAGAGCCCCUGAUUUUAGAGGACAGCAGCAAAGAUUGGCCAUCAAUCAAAUUGACCCGUCUUGUACCCGGAUGAAUUUCCUGCCAUUUCUUUUGCUUCUCCAGUUCAAGUUUCCAGUUCUGCCCUAUGUGAACUGGCUUUGUUCAAUUGCAGCACCCAGAAAUGCUUAGAGUCUUGUAAAUUUCAGGUAUGGAUGCAAGAGCGGUUAACUCAACAUAGUGACAGAGCCUGAAUUCUUGAAUCCUUUUCAGUUCCCAAUGCUGAGGAUAACAGAAAUGGAGUAUUUUUUAAAAUUUCUAGGUUUUGAAUGCUUUUUACUUUUUCUUUUCGCCUUUGUGGAUAAAUUCAGGAAAUGGGUCUGCUUCGCUGUUGCUUCUCCUGUGUAAUUUUGCAGUUGUUGUUUCUCGACGGGCCGCAGCGAGCAAGUCAGUCACCUGUAAUCCAAAAAAUAAUCUCUCUCACACUCUCUCUUGACAUUGUAGUUGUAAAACAGGUUCCAAUUUUUGGAGUUGCGAAUUUUUUUGGGUCUAAUUCUGUGAGCCUACUUAUAGCACUGGAUUUAAAAUGUCUACAUCAUUUCUUCAGUUAUCUAUCCAGUUAAAUAACAAAUGUUGUAAAAUGUAAAACCAGCCCAUGCAAGUUUUUUUUCUUUUUUACUUGUUCAGAAAAACUUUUUAUUGUUCAGUUUUCAUGAUUUUAUUGUCUAAAGAAGACUGAUAGAUGUUCUAUACUGUCCUGGACCCCACUUAAUCACACCUUUUAUGAUGUACUUUGGUUCCACAUCAAAUGAUUUUGUCCUCCAAGCCCUUUUCUUAAUCCCUUUCUAGGCACAUUUUCUGUUGCGAUUUUUCCCUUUGCAUUGUAUUGCUCUGAAAAGUGUAAUUUGAAUCAGAUCUGAAAGAGGUCCAGAAUAAAAUAUAUUUUGAUACGA